UGCUUUCCGCAAUGCGGUCACAUCGCACAUGUUGUUUUUGAUAGCUGUUAAAUAAUUAUAAUUUCGUUUUACGCACUUUGUAAAGAUGACCAAGCCGCAGCCAUCGUUCGUGUCGCGCAAUCUGGUGGCCAUCGUGAUGAUCCCCAGUCUGGUGGGGAUCCAUCUCGGCUGGAGCUACAUGCAAAACAACCGAAAACUGGUCACAGAGGCGGAACAGAUCGACAUGCCGCCAGUCACCUUUGCCAGGUUCGUGUGGAACAAGCUGACGGGCGGAGGAAAUUCGGCGAAAUGACAACCGCACUUGUGAUGAGCUUAAAACAUACAAUCUAUUUAUUGUAUAGAAUAAUUAAAACUACAUACAAACGGUA